AUAAUCUAUGGAAAGAGACAACCGGCCGUUAAAACGCAGCGGACGCUUGCAUUUAAAUCGUUGGAGAAGUGUCAGAAAUUGUGCCACUGACUUAAGAGUGAAAUAUUGAGCACAAGCGACUAUAAAUCGUUUUAAUGACUAGAAAUUAGAUAACUAACAUUCAAGUUCGUGUGGCAACUAUCAUCAAAAAAUUAUAAACGUUCUUAGGUUUUUGCCAUGGAUAAAGAUGUUGAAAAGGUAUAUACCAUCCUUGUGGAAACAAAUUAUCCUGUUUCUCUAGAGGAGGUGAAAAAUCCAACUUCAGAAUGCAUGAUAAAAGUUGUCCUGACUUUCCUAUCAGGAUUCUCAAUUGACGGGAAUACAAUUCAAAGAGCAACUUUCGGACAGGAACAAAACUUGUCCUAUUCAGAGACUUACCACGAGAUAAUAAGCAUAAUCAAUUUACAUCAAGUGAUGGUGAAAAUAUGCAACCAGAUUUUUAUAAAAGAUUUUUUUAUCACCGAUUUGUCCAGCCCAGGUCAGAAGAGAGCUAGGAGAUUGAUUGGGACACUAGUGAAUUUUGUUCUCUAUGCACAGAAUAAAUCUGAAGAACUAAUAGAACCUUUGAAUACUAUAUUGACGAGAUUGAAUACUUUGAAUGAACAUGUGGAAAAGAAAGAUAAGAAUAUGCAGUUUCGUAAGGACAUAGUACUAGAAAAUUCCAAGAAAUCAGCUCAUAAAGAAAAAUAUGUGAAACAAAUUCAAGAGAUAAAAGCCCGACUUGAGAAAAGAAAUAAAGCUCAUGCUACUGACGAAGAACGAGCGCAAAAUGCCAAGUUGACCAAAGAGAAGGAACAACAAAACCAUGAAUCAAUUAAGCAGCAACUUUUUAAGAUAAACGAAAACAUAGCUGAAAUGGAAUCUACAAUUGUCGAGUCACCAGAAGAAUAUGAGGCACAACUGGCAAAUACUGGGCAGCAAUAUGCUGAAAAAGAAGAGAAACUUCAAACACUGGUAGAAAAACUGCGCGCAAAGAUCGAGCUAAACAGUCAGUUUGAAAAAGUCAAAGAUUUCAUUAUUCACGAGCAUGAAAAGUUUUCUAAAGUGCAGGAUGUUCAUCAUAAAUCUGUGAACCUGGAUAAAGUACAAUCUGAGAUCUCAAAACAACUAAACGAAAUGCAAGAUAAGAUACAAAUAUUGCGUGAGGAAGUGGCAAACCCAGUUAAUGAUGACAGCGAUGCAAUAAUGGUCAACGAAGCGCAAGCUCAAUGCCAGCAGCAUCUCGCACCACAGCGUGAAAUGCAUAACAAAUUACUGAGUCGAAAUGAAGAAGUUCAAAAUAAGUUCGAAGAAGCUUCAAUUCGUUAUCAACAAUCACGUACAAAAAGAGAAUUAUUGACUAAAACAAUCACGAAACUAGAAGAAGAAAUUGCCCAUAUUCUGAAGGAUUAUCAAGACAUGUAUACUAGUGAGAUACAGAAGGAAAUCGAGAUUGAAAAACUGUGGAAGGAGAGAACUCCGAUAAUUAACUAAUUGCAACUAGAAGCCGUAUUUUUUCGAAAUCAUGAAAAACAAGCACAGCAAAGUUGUUUGAUUUUCUUUCUGACACCUCCAGUCCAGUAAAUCUUUUGGAUCUAUAGGAGUAAAAACAUUAUGCCUGAAACAUUGUAAUUUCCUAUAUCAAGCUUAUGAUAAGGAAGUUCAUAAUUUGCUCGAUUCACUUGCUACAGUUUAUUUGAAGAAGCUAUAAUAUAAUUCUACAAGAAUCUAUGAUUACAAAUAAUGAUUACAAGAGAAAUGUUCAAUCAUUGUUCUUGUGUACAUGGUGCAAGAUUUCUAUUAUAUUUUUAUUAAUUUCAAAAUGCUUCAGACUGUGAUAUACGGCAAAAAAUAAUUAUUUUCAAAUGUGUAACAAUAAUAUUUCACAUAACGGUAAUAAAUGCUCAAAUUUUUUAGACAACUCUGUGUAAGGAAUACGUAAUAAUUUGUAGCGCUACAAACGUAACCAGUCAUUACCCUGGAAUAAUGGACACCCAGUAUUCUACACAUCCUCUUACCAUUGAUGAUGUCUCAGACCUAAGUUAUAACAUAGGUAUGCAGAGGAAAUGAAUAAGGACUUGGUAUAUAUCAUACCAUAACUUGUUUCUCGGAACAAAAACUUUUUUUCCAAUCCUAAGGAGCAAAAGUAAUAACUAAAUAAGGGAAUGUAUUGAGAGAUUAUCGUGUAUAAUUAUUUUAUGCAAAACAACACCUCUAUAAAAUAAUAGGUUUCCUAAUUUCUAAAAUAACUUACGAAAAUUAUAGAAAAUAAAUUAAGUUGUUUGAUCAUCCGGAUAACAAACAUAAAUGAAUAUAAAUCAAUCAGCAAAACUCAGUUUCCAAAAUUGAAACACUUCAAAACAAUGUCUAUAAUAUUUUUGUUCUAAUAUCGCUGCUUCACUUGUUACUUUAGUUUGAGUAAAUAAUAUAAAUAAGUAACAAUGCCAGCAGUGAUAAAAUUCAAGAUUAAAUGAUUCAGUCAAUGAAUGAUAAUGAUUAUAAUGAUGGUAAUAACUUGAAAAAUUUACAUUGAAAGAUCAGUUUUCUACAAUCGUCUUGUACAACGUGUCAAUAUUAGCAUAAUCUUAUUAUUCCCUUAGCUUGGUAAGUAGUAAGCUUAGUAGAGUACGUUAUUCCAGUUGUCUGUAAAUUCUAUAUGUAAUUAUAGAUACUAAUGUACGGAUAAAGUUUGAAUUCAUCGUUACCAAGGAUGUACCGAGUGUUCGGUAUUAAUAGGAAGUUUACUAUUAUAUUAUUUCAAUACAUAAUCCACUAUAGAUUCCAAAAGUACGGAAGCCGCUGAGACCUCACUUGGCUACAGACUACAUUUCCACCAAUUAACGGCAUGGGUCACCCCCUCACCAUUCAAUCAGCAAGAACCUCAC